AUGGCUUCUUGGGAUAAAGUUUGCUUGCCUAAGGCUUUUGGGGGGCUCGGUUUCAGAAAUGGCCAGCGUUGGAAUCAUGCUAUAUUAGCUAAGUAUAUUUGGGCUGUCUCCGAAAAGCAUGAUGUUUUGUGGGUCAUAAAUGCUCAGUUACUGACUUUUGAUAAUCUGUUGAGGUUCAAAGUGCCUCUUGAUUCUGUCAUGUGCCCAGUUUGUGGUGUUAGGGAAGAGAGCCACUCUCACUUAUUUUUUGCCUGUUCUUUAUCAGUUAAGGUUCUGGAGAUCCUAGCUGAGUGGGUGAAUAUCAGGUUAUGGCCUUAUGAAUUUGAUAGAUGGAGAGAUUGGCUUUCUAGCAGGAACAAUGGGUUACUAUCUCACAUUUAUAACAUGUUGUUUGCUGCUGUUGUGUACUGCAUUUGGAGGAACCGAAAUUGCUGUAUUUUUUAUCUCUAUUCUCGGACUGCAUCCAGUAUAGCUGCUGAAGUUAGGCUUUUAAUGCAGAACAGGCUUAUUAGUAUUAGUAAGAAGAAGUUAUCUGUUCAGGGAACUUGUUUAAUUGCUCAAUUUACUAUGUAA